CAAAAAGUGCCUGGCGAGACGCGAGGGCGACCACUUGGUUUCUGGAGCCGAAGCUACAGAGGUUCUGAAGCCAACUACACCCCUAUGGAAAAAGAAAUCUUAGCGGCAUAUGAAGGCAUACGAGCAGCCUCAGAAGUGAUUGGUACCGAAACACAACUCUUCCUGGCACCCCGAUUACCAGUGCUGAGCUGGAUGUUCAAGGGUAAGGUGCCCUCUACGCAUCAUGCCACCGAUGCCACGUGGAGUAAGUGGAUGGCUUUGAUUACGCAACGUGUCCGAAUGGGAAACUCGAAUCGCCCUGGAAUUUUGGAAAUUAUAACCAAUUGGCCUGAAGGUGGGAACUUCAGUCUGGCGGAUGAAGAAGAAGAAGAGCCAGUGAGUCGAGCUGAAGAAGCUCCGCCAUAUAAUCAGUUGCCAGAUGAAGAGACACGUUAUGCCCUCUUCACUGACGGUUCUUGCCGCAUUGUAGGAAGGAGCCGGAAGUGGAAAGCAGCUGUGUGGAGUCCCACCCGACGGGUGGCAGAAGCCACUGAAGGUAAAGGUGAAUCGAGUCAGUUUGCGGAACUCAAAGCUGUCCAAUUGGCCUUAGACAUUGCAGAAAGAGAAGGAUGGCCAAGACUCUACCUCUACACUGAUUCGUGGAUGAUAGCCAAUGCCCUAUGGGGAUGGCUAGACAGGUGGAAGAAAAUGAAUUGGAGACGUAGAGGAAAACCCAUCUGGGCUGCCGACUUGUGGCAAGACAUCGCUGCCAGAGUGAAAAAACUGAAUGUGAGAGUCCGCCAUGUAGAUGCCCAUGUGCCCAAGGAUCGAGCUAAUGAGGAACACACUCAUAACAGACAAGCAGACCGUGCUGCACAAGUCGAGGUGUCACAAGUAGACCUAGACUGGCAGCAAAAGGGUUAUCCAUGACUGUGAAACCUGUGCUGCCAUUAAACAGGCCAAAAGGUUGAAGCCCCUAUGGUAUGGUGGACGCUGGGACAAGUAUAGAUAUGGAGAAGCAUGGCAGGUCGACUACAUCACAUUGCCACAAACCCGCCAAGGUAAACACUAUGUGCUUACCAUGGUGGAAGCGACUACUGGAUGGUUAGAGACAUAUUCGGUACCACAUGCAACAGCCCGGAAUACCAUUCUAGGUCUCGAGAAGCAAGUCCUGUGGAGACAUGGUACUCCAGAACGAAUUGAGUCAGACAAUGGGACUCAUUUUAAGAAUAAUCUGGUGGCCACUUGGGCACGGGAGCAUGGUAUUGAAUGGGUAUAUCACAUUCCAUAUCAUGCACCCGCCGCUGGGAAAAUUGAAAGGUGUAAUGGACUGUUAAAAACAACUCUGAAGGCACUAGGUGAGGGAACUUUCAAGAACUGGGACAAGCACUUAGCCAAGGCCACCUGGCUAGUUAACACUAGAGGCUCUGUCAAUCGAGCUGGUCCUGCCCAAGCAGAAUCCCUCCACACUGUAGAUGGAGACAAAGUUCCAGCGAUCCAUCUGAGAGGUAUGUUAGGGAAGGCUGUUUGGAUUACUCCUCCCUCGGGCGAAGACAAACCCAUUCGUGGGAUUGUUUUCGCUCAAGGACCCGGAAAUACCUGGUGGGUAAUGAGAAAGGAUGGAGAGAUCCACUGUGUGC